UUUACUUUUAACGCAUCGCUGCAGAGCCGCUUCAUCAGCGUCACACUGAAACAGGAAAUCUCUCAUUUGUCUGCUUCUGUCACUUCCGGGUCUCUUAUUUGCGUUCAUGAAAAAAACAUUUAUAUAAUAAAUGCCAGUUUUAAUGCAUCGCAGUUAGAACAGAAAAUGAUGGCAAUGAAUAACUCCUCCGGACCCCGCCCUCACCGACGUUAACCCCGCCCUUGUUCUCCGGACCCGUCCGGCGGAGAACUGGUCCGCUCGGGGAGAUGAGAGGAGCAGGGGGCGCCGAUGAGAACCCCGGAGGACCCCGGAUGAGACUCCCCAAGAUGAAGAUCCCCGCGAAGAUCUGGAGACACCGCAAACAUAAGAACCAGCAUGGAGACGACCAGCCGGACGGCGGGCAUGAGGAGGAGGAAGAGGAGCAGCAGGAGGAAGAGCGGCUGGAUGACCUCAGCAGGAAGCUGAUCCUCAGGGAGGAAGAGCUCUUCACCCAGGACGGCCGCAGUGAGGAAGAGGAGGACCGGCUACUGAAGGACUUUGAGUCUCUGAGCGUCCGGGUCUGGAUGGCCGUCCACAGCAGCUUCGUUACCACGGCGACCCCCGCUGGACGGCCGGACGUCCUGAGGAGCGCCGUGGACACCAUCCUGCAGCAGGAGACGCAGGACCAGCGCUGGACAGAGCGUCCUGCGGACAGCGCCCCCGUCUGGCGACCGCUGAGGUGGCUGAGGACGCACAACCUGCUGCUGCAGAAAAUGGUGGAAAAACAACUGAAGGACGCAGAAGAGAACGAGACAGGAGACACUGGACAGCUGUCCUCCGUCACCAAGAGACAGGUGUGCCGCCUGGGGAAGCGUGUGAAGGAGGACCUGCUGACGGCGGCGGAGGCGGUGAGGCACUGCUACCCGUCCAGGAUGGACGUCCUGAACAUCUACGGCGGACUCUACCACCAGGCCUUCGCCGCCCGCCUGGCCCAGCUCUGCUCCUCCGAGCUGGACCUGGACGACUGCAGCUACCUGCUGUUCUGGGUCAACCACUACUAUCCUGAUGAAAUCCUGAAACACAAAGAGCUGGACGGGAUCAAGACGGCCUGUCUGGGUUCUCUGCUGCAGCCGGAGACCCUGGGCCGUCUGGAAGAACAGUACCUGAGCCACAGACAGGAAAAGGUGAAGCUGUGGCUCAGCACGGCUCUGAAGAAGGAGGAGGAGAGCUGGCUGAGUGGAAAAACGCCCGAACUGAUCGACUGCUACUACUUCAGUCCGCUGGCCAUCGAUGUCAUCCAGGUGGUGAACAGUUCCCUGACUGAGUUCAGCUGUGCCAUCAAAGACCAGAACAAGGCGCAGAGGCUGACGAUUCACCUGGAGAACUUUCUCAGCAGCUACAGGAAGAGCGUGGAGGACCUGGCGAAGGCGAAUCCCAGCAACCUGCAUCCAGUGCUAAAAGCUACGCUGGUCUGUGAGCAGCAGCUCAGAGAUUACAUAUCUGGUCAAGCUGAAGGUUUAGCUGAAGAGCAGAAGCGCCGAUGUCUGGAUACGCUCUCUGCUCUCAGGGAUUGUUGCUACCAGUGUUUGACCUUCCCUCUUCACGGCAAGAUUAAGGUCUUCUUAAGUCAACUGUGGACGCCCCCCUGGGUGGACGGCUCACUUCCUGUCGUCGACCAGCUGCUGAGCUUUCUGAGCCAACAACUGGCCGACCUGUCGGACCUGAAACCAGCCUGCAAACAGCCGCUGGUCUGCGACCUCCACCAAGACCUGGUCGCUCAGUACAUGAAGAAGACGAUGAAGACCAGGGUGAAGAGCCGACAGCAGCAGGUGGCCGGGUCCGAACGGAUGGUGGAAGACGCCAAGAAGAUGGACGGCUUCUUCAGAGAGCAGGGCUGCGGUUCGGCUCCGUAUCUCUCUGAAACGCUCUGCAGCGUCGCUGAGAUUCUCCGUCUGCAGGAUCCAGCCAGCGUUCACCUGGAGGUCGUCGAUCUGGCCCGAAGGUUCCCGGACUUCAGCGGCGCUCACGUCUCGGCGUUGCUGUCCCUGAAGUUCGGCCUUUCGGCGGCGGACGUCCGGUCCAUCCGGGCCAGCGUGGAGGAGAACCGCCCCCUGGACGCCUCAGCCAAUCAGAGUCCUCCGUUCUUCUCCAGGGUUAAAGUCAAAUGGAUCAACAACAAGAUCAACCAGAUCAAGAGUUAAAACAGUGCGGCUCAAUGCUAAUGUUAGCAUGUUAGCAUAGCUUGUUGUUUCAGAUUAUCUGCAUGGCGUUUAAUGUAAACAUUAGCUUAGUGAUGCUAACAUGUUAGCCAGUUGUUUAGAAAUAUAAAAAGGAAAACUCUGUGUUGGAAAGCCAUCUGCUGCUCAUCAGGACUCCGUUCUCCUUUUAUGACUAAUUAAGUGUUAGAAAAUGUGUCGUAUUUAAGCUAACUCUGCAACCAGACUCAUUUUAAAUCAAUCCAGCUUCCUGCGGCUUAACUAAACCCUAAAGUAAUGAAUGUUGUAAAGUUGCGCAGAAUGCUUAUAGAAACACAAACGUGUUUCUGUUACUGUUGUCAUUUCAAUAAAUGUAUUUAUUCAGUAGAA